UGUGGUGACUUGUGAGGAAAGAGGCCAAAGUGAGAAUUGUUGGAAGACUAUCUCUGAUUUUCAGGGAAAGGCAGGACUUUUGGCUAUGGACUUGGCUCUUCAUUGUCCUUGUGCUUACCCGUUGAUCAAACAAGGAUUCAGGAGAGCUAAAUCAGCUAAUCAUCUUCUUGUUCGAGAUACACCUUCACUGCUGUUUGCAUUGCGGUUUGAGCAGAGUCUUUCGAGAACAACAAUUAAUGGCGAUAGAAGAAUUUGGUUUCACGAGAAAGGUGGUUCUUCUUUUACUUCAAUGGGGAGAUCCAACAAAGGAUAUGUUUGUUGCAAGAAAACGUCAAACCCGAGUAAAUCAAACCAAGAGGAGAUCAUUUCUCUCUUGAGACGGAUUCAAUCUUCGAUCUCUAAAGGAGAGUCUCGGGGAAUUGAGGAAAAGAAGAACAGCGAUGAGUCUUCUAAGGAAAAGCCGCUGACCAAAGCUAUUCUUGACGUUCUUGAGAAAUCAAGAAAAAAAACUGAGGGAGAUAUUAGUGUGAAGAAGAAGCCACCAAAGGGACCAGUAGAGGUUUCUCAACCACCGUCUAAUUUCGCCAAGAAAACUCCUAUACCUUCUGCCUCAGGUCCAAGAGGUAAGCUCCCACUAUCAAACAGCAAUAAAGCUUUAGGGGAAAUGAACGUGAAGGAAGAGAAAGCUUCAUUGAUGGAAACUAUGAAACUUGCAGAACUCAAAGAAGUUGCAAAGAACAGAGGAAUAAAAGGAUACUCAAAGUUGAUACAUUUUCAAGAAUCUCAACCUUGUAAAAGUUUGGUUAUCUCCAUUUCUUGCCUGUGGUCAAACUAAAUUCUGAAAAAGUUUUAAAUUGGUAACA